AUUCCUGUUGCAGUCUCUUCGGAUUUACUCGCACAUCGCCUCAGGAAUACUUAUUGUAUACCGUUCACGCAUAUAACCAAGCUAAAGAUCACAAUAAUUAUAACAUAAGUUGAACAGAUUUGUUUUACCCGUGAGUGUCACUUUGUUCAAAAUGUUGAACAUCAGUGCGGUGCUUCUUUUGUUCGCAUGUUGUGGGACUAUUGUUCAUUGUAGGGAUAUUGGCGAUUCUAAGGAAGAAAAUAUAACCAUUUCUGAUGUUCCUAACGGUGAAGAUAAAUUUGAUAAGAACGAUGGAUGUAACUGUCGUUGCGGUGAACGUAACGAAGCCUCUCGUAUAGUCGGUGGUGUAGAGACUGCUGUAAACGAAUUCCCUUGGGUGGCGAGAUUGACGUAUUUCAACAAGUUCUACUGUGGUGGUAUGCUUAUUAAUGAUAGAUAUGUCUUGACAGCAGCGCAUUGCGUUAAAGGAUUAAUGUGGUUCAUGAUAAAAGUAACGCUGGGAGAACAUAACCGCUGCAAUGAGACUCAUAGACCCGAAACCCGUUUUGUCGUGAAUGUAGUGGCCCAUAACUUCACAUAUUUGACGUUUAGAGACGAUAUUGCUGUUCUAAAGUUGAAUGAAAAAGUCCAAAUAUCUGAUACGAUAAAGCCUGUAUGCCUUCCUCGCAGUGAUGAUAACCAAUACGAAGGAGUUAAAGCAAUAGCCGUUGGGUGGGGUUCAGUUGGAGAGCAGAAGAAUCACUCCUGCAAUCUAUUAGACGUAGAACUACCAGUUCUGAGCAAUAAGGAAUGUAGAAAUACCAAGUAUGAAUCUGCCAUGAUUGCUGAUGAUAUGCUCUGCGCUGGAUACCCUAAAGAAGGAAAGCGGGAUACUUGUCAGGGUGAUAGUGGGGGACCCUUAUCUGCAGAAAGAGGAGAUAAGCGAUAUGAACUAUUAGGCGUUGUUUCAUGGGGUAUCGGUUGCGGAAGACAAGGCUAUCCAGGCGUUUACACCAGAGUCACAAAAUACUUGGACUGGAUUAAAAAUAACUCACGGAAUGGCUGUUUUUGCUCUAAUCGUUCCGACGACGUUGAUCGCCAUGUUUUUCCUCUUACAUCGAACCGAGAUAUUAAGAACACCUAUAAAAUGAAACGAUUAAUUAUUUUACUUUGUUUUACGGUUGAAAUUAUUAAUGGAAGCAAAUCUAAUCAUUCUUGCGAAUGUGGGAUAGCUGGAAAGAAUCGCCGUAUCGUAGGUGGAACGACAGUCCAGCCCCAUCAAUACCCUUGGCUAGUGGCCCUCAUGUUGGGGUCGAAGCUACAUUGCGGAGGAGCUAUCAUCACCGACCAGCACAUAUUAACUGCUGGGCACUGCAUUACUUUUGGAGUUCACUAUCGAGAUCUAUCAGCCCAUAUUGGAAUGCACGACCGCCUAGGGUCCUCUCACUCCGUGAUGCACUUUUCAAAAGGCGUCAAACACCCAAGUUUCACCUCGAAUGCUGUACGAGAUAUCAAUGACAUCGCUGUGCUGACUCUAGAAAAGAAACUUAAGUUCUCUGACAAAGUUCGACCGAUUUGCUUGCCAAGUGAAGAUAUGACCUUUGGAGACCUUCCAUUAACAGUCGCAGGAUGGGGUAAAACGAGACAAGGUGCUCUGACCUCUUCACGAUAUUUACUGGAAACUAGAGUCAAAUUAGUAAUGAGCCACGUUUGUACAAAAUCUUCUAUAUAUAAGGACAACUUUGUCUCCGAUUCUAUGAUGUGUGCUUAUAGUCUUGGGAAGGAUGCAUGUCAGGGAGACAGUGGUGGACCAAUAUUUGCUACUCAUUCUCGAACUCAUCACAAAAAGUGGUACCAGGUUGGAAUUGUAUCAUGGGGCAUAGAUUGCGCUAAGCCUGAUUACCCAGGAGUUUACACAAUCGUAGCAAAAUACAUUCCCUGGAUUAAACAACAGACCGUGGGUGGACUCUCAUGCAAUUGUACUGAUUCUAUUCACUCGAGGACGCCGCGCAGUGUUGUCAUUACGAGAAAAGUAAAGAAUUCAAAUGUGGCUAGUUAUAAUACUAAUCAUUUGUUGUAUGGAGAAUGUGGCAGACCUUCCGACGAGAUCAUAUCAGUGAGGAUAGUAGGUGGUCGUCGGGCAGAACCUCAUUCAUUUCCUUGGACUGUCGCCAUUAUGAAAAUAGAUAAGCUACACUGCGGAGGCGCUGUUAUAACCGACAGGCAUAUACUUACAGCAGGGCACUGUUUUAAAUGGGACGACGUAAAGUUACUGACAGUACUCAUGGGUCUGGAUAACUUAGAACAUCUAGAGGAUGUGGAAAAGAGGUCUAUAUUGAAAACGGUCAUUCACAAAGACUUCACGACAACAGCAGUCAGAGAUGAGAACGAUAUAGCAAUAGCCACAAUAAAUAAGCCAGUAAAAUUCAGCAAAACUAUUAUACCAAUUUGUUUACCAGAUUCGGGACAAGACUUCUCUGAUAGAGUUGGUACGGUAGUAGGCUGGGGACGUCUAGGAGUAGAUAAGUCUUCUUCAAAGGUUUUAAUGAAGGCAAGUCUUCGCAUACUCAAUGACGAAGAUUGCAUGAAUUCGAAACUGUCUACACAUUUAAAGCCGACAAUGAUGUGCGCUUUCUCUAAAGGAAAGGACGGUUGUCAGGGUGAUAGUGGCGGACCUCUAAUAGUGUUCGAGGGUGAUGGAAGAUACGUCCAAGCAGGUGUCGUUUCAUGGGGAAUUGGUUGUGCAGAUCCGAGAUAUCCAGGAGUGUACACAAAAGUGAGCAAUUACAUCGAUUGGAUAAAAAGGCAUACAGCAGAUGGUAGCAUAUGCGAUUAGACAAUAUAUCAUUAUACAUAUAUACUUAAAAAACUGAAUAAAAUGAAAUUAUAUACA